AUGGCUCCUAAAGUGUGGUCUAAUUUUGUGGCUAAGAAAUCCGAUGGUACCCAAGUUAAGGUUAGAAUAGAAGACAUGCCCAGUAACCGUUUGGACGAAGUUUUAAAUUUGUUGUCGCUCUAUGGUGAAAAUGAAGAUGUUUUUGUUAAAUUAUUAGGAAUUCCAAAUAACCCUGAGGCCGCGGAGGAAUUGAAGCAGACCACCCGUGACAUGCUGAGUGCUAGUCCGCAUAAUAUAGUUAUAUGUCGUCCAGACGACGACAGUAAUGGCGAUAUUAUAGGGGUGUCUAUAACUGGUAUAACAUUGGCAAAAGAUAAGUUAGAGGACUUCAAAAUACCUUCAAAAACAAAAGAGAUGGAAAAGUUAUGGGACUAUUAUAUAAAGUUGUUUGGGCUCUAUGAUAUUUGUAAGGCCAAUUCCUUGACGAGUUUUUCCGAUGACAGAGGUCUGGCAGUGAAACCUGGUUAUGUGGAUUUUGAGAUACGGAAGGAACUGCUUAACGUUGGCCGUAAAAUUAGUAAGGCAAAUAAUGUAUCUACGGUUUUUGCAUGGAUGCAAACCAAGUUAGCUCAAGAGGCAGCAGAGGCUGAUGGAUGGCUAACUGCAUAUGAGAUAAGCCGCGAAGAUCUGGGCCGGCAACUUGGUAUCACCAUAUCAGAAGGACCGCCAUCUUGGAAAUUAAUGUAUGGCAAAUCUAUAUAA